AUGUUUGCGCACCUGCGUGCGAGCAGGUAUCUCAUUGUGCGAUUGAAUCGCGAACCAGACAAUUACGAGACCACCGAAGAGAAAGAGAUCCACGGUUUUGUUUUGGAGGUCUACGCGUAUUUGAUGUCGGUGGCUUAUAUCACGCCAUAUGGCACUCCUGGCAGUUCCACCGUGCCGAUGGACGACUUCGUCACAUCUCUGCGAACAUUACAGGAUUACGAUUGUUUUGGAACCUUUUUCGGCUGCGGGUUUACCCUUUUUGAGAAGAUCCCCAUGAUCGCAGAACUGUACCGUCUGUGUCUUGCCGAUCGAGCCAAAGGGCGAGUGACGAACGAGUCUCUUGGAAAGUGCAAUGAACUGCUUGCCAGCAUAAAAGAGUGGAAAUCGCCACCUCCGCCAGCAGACAUGGCUCAGUUUCGGGCCGAGCAUGAAAUCACAGGCGAAAUUUAUCGGCAUGCAUUGCUAAUCUACCUGGAGUUGGCCAUAUAUGGCUCACCAGUUGUCAACCCCAAAAUUGUGUACCAGAUUCAACAACACGUCGACAAAAUCCUCUCCAUUCAGCCCGACUUGAACUCCUCUCCUUACAGGUGUGUCCUGAUGUGGCCAGCAAUGAUGGUAGGAUCUUGUCUCAUCAAGGAGGAUCAACGACGAUACAUGCUGGAGGAGUGGCUCGUACUUCACUGCCGUAUGAACCACAUCAAGCAGGCUAUCUCCUUACUGAAACUUCUGUGGGAAGAUGACGACGGGCGAGCAUAUGGCCCGCUGGGUUUACACCUUAUGAUGGAAAAGCACUCCAUCAAGCUGUGUAUGGCAUGA